AUGUUACAACAAAGAAUCCAGGAUGUUCUUUACGAAUCUAAUUCUGUAUUAUUACCUAUUGAAGGUUAUCAAAAUGAACCUUUAGUGUCAUUGGAACAAGCAGUUGAGCCACUCGUCGCUAUUUUCGAUCAAGAAACACUUCAAAGAAACGUAUGGGUUGCGAAAAAUCGUUGUAAGAAGCCAGCUGAUGGUCUAUCACAAGAUGAAUCAGCUUCGAUUAUGUUGUAUACAUUCGAAUGGAAUACAAAAGAAAAUAGUCUAUAUUUUAUUCUUAAUCAAACUUUACGUAUGGAAGAUCGACAAAAACUCAAACCAUGGUUUCUGUAUUUAAAACUAUUUAUUACUGCACUUUCUCGACUUCCAUCGAUUGUUGACACUGUUUAUCGAGGUGUAAAAACUGAUUUAACAGGUCAGUAUGAGCUUAAUACUAAUUCAAUAUGGUGGGGUGUUAGUUCAUGCACAGACAACAUGGAUAUCCUCCAAUCUGAGCAAUUCUGUGGUAAAACAGGUCAACGGACUAUCUUUGUGAUUAAAUGUCUUAAUUGAACUUUUAUUAAUGCCAGGAAGCUAUUUUCGAGUAGAUAGUAGAUACGAUCCUGCUGAUGAAAUUCACAUGGUACAACUUCAAGAAAUAAGACCAC